UAAUAUAUAAAUAUAUAUAUCUAUACCUCUCCAGUUUAAUUGACUUUGAAUAUCUGUUCGCCUGUAGUUAUAUAGAUUUUCUUUUCUCUGCCGGUUUCUCGCUGUGAUUGAGGGUUUGUUUCGGCCAUCUGGACUGUAAUCGAAGAGGCUGGUUUUUUACUGUUGUCUUGGAUGCGACUGUGAAGCUUGGGAUACCAUCCAGGAGGUGAAGAAAAGAAAAAGGAAAUAAAUCUUGAUGGAUUGGAAUUUGAAGGGUGGCUCGUGGGAUAUGACUGAAUUAGAUGGAGGAGGUUUACCCAACAUAGAAACAACAACGGCUGAUAACUAUGACGGGUCAGGCCGAUUUGGAUUAGUGAACGGAAGUGGAGGCGAAUUUUGCGUUGAUUUGAAGCUGGGUCAGGUCGGCAAUUCUGGAACUGAGUCUUCAGGGCCCAAGUGGAAAGUCGCCGCCGCUGCUGGCGGCGGCGGCGGAGGCGGAGUCCCCAGGACGGCAGCGUCGACUCCUUCAGGAUCAUCGAAGAGAGCUCGGGCAAUUAACAACGGGAUCCAAACGGCGUCGUGCCUUGUGGAUGGGUGCAGUUCAGAUCUCAGUAAUUGUAGGGAGUACCAUAGGCGUCACAAGGUGUGCGAGCUCCAUUCCAAGGCUCCUGUGGUCACCAUUGGUGGCCACAAGCAAAGGUUCUGCCAACAGUGUAGCAGGUUUCAUUCACUGGAAGAAUUUGAUGAAGGGAAGAGAAGCUGCAGGAAGCGAUUAGAUGGGCACAACCGACGGAGAAGAAAGCCCCAGCCAGUGCCUCUCACCCGGUCUGCUACUUUAUUCUCGAAUUACCACCAAGGGAGGCAGUUAAUACCCUUAUCAUCGGGCUCAAAUCUCUAUCCUUCAAGUGCUAUGGUGAACACUGGUUGGGACUGGGAAUGGGAUGCUAGGACGACGAUGGUUCAUCAUAAUAAUAAACACCAGAUAUUUCUUGGGUCUUCUGAAAGCGCCAGAAUUAAGCAGGAAGUGACGACAUAUCAUGAGAAGCCAUGUGCCGAAACUGCUUCUGGGUGCCACACAGUUCUGAGGACGACGGUGGUCAGGCCUGCAGGGUCUUUCUCAUCGGCGGAGGAGUCUCCUCCUCCGCCUUGUGCUCUCUCUCUUCUGUCAUCACCGCCGGCACCCACGUACCUGUCACAGUCUCUUGGCCCCACCACCCUCCAUGAUCACGGCUUACAACAGGCCGUGGACACCACGCUUCUGGUGAGCAAUGGGACUCAGCCUUCAAUGUAUAACUUGUUAGGGUCUGAUGCAUCCCAGGGGAUCCAUACUUCUCAAUCACUUCCAUUUCAGUGGGAAUAA